ACGUCAGUUGUGGGAGAGCAAUGUUCAAGUGAGGACGGCAACGUUCUCUUAUUGCGCCUAGGUAAUAAAUUUGUGCUUUUUAAUAAAGAAUUUGUGCGGGUAAUAAUGUAAGUUACUGGCGCGUUAGCUGAAAAUGAGUGAGAAGGAUCCGGACUCGUUGCAAAAUUUUAGUUCGCUGGAGUGUUGGGAUUACUCCAUCGAGCUCGAGUGCCUGCAAGGAACGCAAGAUCUGCAAUUGGCCGCGGAAUUGGGUAAAACGCUCUUGGAGAGGAAUAAGGAAUUGGAAACUAGUCUGAAACAACAUCAAAAUGUGAUCGAAGACCAAACUCAAGAAAUUGAGUACUUGACAAAACAAACCGUGGCACUUCGUGAGGUAAAUGAUUCCCGUUUAAGAAUAUAUGAACAAUUAGAAGUAAGUAUACAAGACCUAGAAAGGGCAAAUCAUCGACUCGCACUUGAAAACUCGUCAGAUAAGAAGCAAUUGAAAAACCUAACGGCAAACCUUGAAGCUUUAGAGAUCAAAUGUGAGGAACUUCAAGGGACGAUUGAUCAUCUCACCUUACAGCUUGAGUCUGAGAAACGUAGACAGUUAAGCACACCCGACCCCAUCAAACAAACCAUCACUCUCAGGCAUACGGAACGAGAUGAAGUCGACGCCAGUGAACAGUUUUACAAUUCACCGAAAAAGGAGGAGAACCAGAUGCCCAAGGAAGAAAAAUCCAAAUCGUCAGAAAUACCUUUGGUUACAACCGAAAAGCAGGAUAAGGAGAAGGACGAUCCCGAUAGCGCCAACGAACAAGUUACAGAACUAAUGGUACAGUUACGGGAAAGCCGUACAUCAUUUUACAGAGAGCAAAGACGGGUGUCGGAACUGGAAGAACAGCUUUCCACAAUGAUACACCAAAAUCAGACGUUAGAAAAGCAGCUGGUCCAGUUGAACUACAAAGAAGAAGAACCUAAAAGUAUGCACGAAGAACUUACAACGUUGGAAGAAGUGCAGCACGGUCAGUUAUGCAGGAGGUGUUUACGAACGAUGGACUCGCAACGAACCGGCGAUAAUUUGUCAUGUCUCGGAGACGAGGCCGAAGACGAUGAUUCGAGUGUGUUUGAGGCGUUGAUCAACGAUUCACAGUACCGUUCCUCGUUCACGAUGGAUAUACAGGACUAUAAAUCUCCUCGUCCAGAGUCAAAUUUGUACAGAGACCUAGUUGAAAAGUACGAAGCGUUGUUAGAAGUCCAACGUACGCAAUCGCUACGAAACCCGAAAUCUCUUCAGGAGGAACUGCGGUUAUCCGGCAACUUUAAUCAUCUUAACACAAAGGAUACGGAUGAAGAGAGCGGCCACGGGGAUAGUCUUCAGCCGGAACGGCAAGCGAAAAGUCACAAGUCAAUUUCACGAACGCCCACCGACUUUUCGGAAGCCGAAACGAGUUCUUCAGGUUUUUCGGACGAAACGAGCAAUAAAGCGACGCAAACCGACGACCGACCCGGUUCCUUCCUUUGCACGAUAGCCGACGGCGAGGACUGCAAGUUUAGCAUAUACGACGACGCGAGCCCCGUCGACAGCCGAUUCCGAAAUCGACCCGAAUACCGUGAGCUGUUCAGUGAAAUUUUUACGGUGCUGAAGAAGGCCGCCGAAAACAAAGACGAAGGCGAAGAACUACCGCUACUCGACGAUCUAACUCCCAUCAAAAGUUUACCGUGCGUACCUCCCGUCACGCCGGCCACCGAGGAUGUGCCGGAUUUUGUCGACAAUCUCACCGACGACACGCAAAGCGUGAUAUCCUCAACCAUGUCGGAAGUUUCGAUAUGCCAAGUGGAGCCCGAAAAGACGUCCGAAACGCCCACGGUGGUCGAGAACAAAAAAGAAGAGCCCAUUUUGACGCCGUACGUGCGUCAACCCUUAGAAUACCUUACCGUUUCGGUAAACGUACGUAAGCGAUCGUCGUCACGUCGCAAGAAUAAACUGGCCGAACGGUCGGGUUCUCCCGCCACGCCCAUUAUCGGUAGUCCUAAGGUGACGCACAGCAAUCGACCAUUUUCGGGACGUAAACGAAGGGAAUUUAAACCGAUAACGACCGAACCCCCCAACGUGUGGAGCGGUAACACUUUACAUUUCUACUCUCGUAAUCCUUCCUCACCUACGCCCCCCGCACGACCGAGCAAUCGACAGUACGAGAACAACUUGGAUUACAAACCGAGUACCGCUUCGCAAGAUCUAUUUAAACUGAAACGAUUAGACCUGUCGUACGCGGAAGUUCUACGCAAUGCAGAUAAUAAAAAACGAGAAAGAGAGGCUGCUGCGAGACAACGCAGAAAACAAUAAUUCUUUCCUAAUUUGCCAUUGUUCCGUUACUUUUUGUUAACUUUUUUUAAAUGAAACUAUUUUAUAUGUUGUUUGCCCAAGUAGUUUUAAGCGUUUUAAAAAUUGUGUAUUGAAUUGUGGCACGUUUUAUAUAAGAAAUGAUAAUUCAAGGGACCUACGUAUCUUGUAUGCUCGUCUUGUGC